UAUUUCUCAAAGGACAAUUAGAAACGAAGCACAAUGAGGAGCCGGAGUAACUCGGGGGUCCGACUGGAUGUCUAUGGUAGACUGGUGCAUCAGACCAUUUUGUGCCACCAAAAUCCAGUGACUGGCUUGCUUCCAGCCAGCUAUGAUCAAAAAGAUGCCUGGGUCCGUGAUAAUGUGUAUAGCAUUUUGGCUGUGUGGGGUUUGGGUCUGGCUUAUCGGAAGAAUGCAGAUCGGGACGAGGACAAAGCAAAGGCCUAUGAACUGGAGCAGAGUGUAGUGAAGUUGAUGAGGGGAUUGCUGCACUGCAUGAUCAGACAGGUGGAGAAAGUAGAUUCCUUUAAAUAUAGCCAGAGCACCAAGGAUAGCCUCCAUGCUAAGUAUAACAUCAAGACUUGUGCCACUGUAGUUGAUGAUGACCAAUGGGGACAUCUGCAAUUGGAUGCUACCUCUGUAUACCUACUCUUUUUAGCACAAAUGACUGCUUCCGGACUCCAUAUCAUCCACAACCUAGAUGAAGUCAAUUUCAUACAGAACCUUGUGUUUUACAUUGAAGCUGCAUAUAAAACUGCUGACUUUGGGAUAUGGGAACGUGGAGAUAAGACCAACCAAGGGAUAUCAGAAUUGAAUGCAAGUUCAGUUGGAAUGGCAAAGGCAGCCCUAGAAGCGUUAGAUGAAUUGGAUCUGUUUGGUGUAAAAGGUGGGCCCCAAUCAGUUAUCCAUGUCUUGCCAGAUGAAAUACAACACUGUCAGUCAAUUCUGAAUUCAAUACUGCCCCGAGCUUCAACAUCCAAAGAGGUUGAUGCCAGCCUGCUUUCAGUUAUUUCCUUCCCAGCUUUUGCAGUAGAGGAUAGCCAGUUGGUGGAACUUACAAAACAGGAGAUCAUCACCAAGCUUCAGGGUCGUUAUGGCUGCUGCCGCUUUCUACGAGAUGGAUAUAAAACUCCCAAAGAGGAUCCAAAUCGUCUGUAUUAUGAACCAGCUGAGCUGAAGUUAUUUGAAAACAUUGAAUGUGAAUGGCCAUUAUUCUGGACCUACUUUAUCCUUGAUGGAGUCUUCAGUGGUAAUGCGCAACAGGUUCAAGAGUAUAGAGAGGCUCUUGAAGCAGUCCUUAUCAAGGGAAAAAAUGGAAUUCCACUUCUCCCAGAACUGUACAGUGUUCCUCCAGAUAAGGUUGAUGAAGAAUAUCAGAAUCCUCAUAGUGUGGAUCGAAUUCCCAUGGGCAAGUUGCCUCACAUGUGGGGUCAGUCUCUAUACAUCUUAGGAAACUUGAUGGCAGAGGGAUUUUUAGCUCCUGGAGAAAUUGAUCCCUUGAAUCGUAGAUUUUCUACUGUACCAAAGCCAGAUGUUGUGGUUCAAGUUUCAAUUCUUGCAGAGACAGAAGAGAUCAAGGCCAUUUUGAAGGAAAAGGGAAUUGAUGUGGAGACCAUUGCUGAGGUGCAUCCCAUCAGAGUACAGCCAGCUCGUAUUCUCAGCCACAUUUAUUCCAGCUUAGGAUGCAGCAGUAAAAUGAAACUCAGUGGACGACCUUACAGAAACAUGGGAGUUAUUGGAACUUCAAAACUCUAUAACAUUCGAAAAACGAUUUUUAGUUUCACUCCACAGUUCAUAGACCAACAGCAGUUCUACUUGGCUCUGGACAACAAGAUGAUAGUGGAAAUGCUUAGAACAGACCUCUCCUACCUCUGUAGCCGUUGGAGGAUGACAGGACAACCCACCAUUACCUUCCCCAUCUCACACACCAUGCUUGAUGAAGAUGGAACCAGUUUGAAUUCUGCUAUCUUGGCAGCACUCCAGAAAAUGCAAGAUGGCUAUUUUGGUGGGGCAAGGAUUCAAACAGGUAAAUUGUCAGAAUUCUUGACAACUUCUUGCUGCACAUACUUGAGCUUCAUGGACCCUAAGCCUGAGGGUAAGUUAUACAAUGAUGGUUAUAAUGACAGCUACAAUGACCUGGAAUCUUGUGACUGGAUGGAUGGUUUUGAUUCAGCUAGUAUUGCUGGCUGUGGUGAUGAAGUUGCUCACUAUUUAGAUCACCUUCUGGCACAUGAUGCUGCCCGUUCUAAACUACCCCUUACUGCACAGAAGAGAGGGUUACAUCAGUUCCGAGAUGCUGUCCAAACAACUUGCAAUUUAAUGUCUUUGGUGACCAAGGCCAAGGAGCUGCAUAUACAAAAUGUUGACAUGUAUCUUCCCACAAAGUUAUUUCAGGCUUCUCGAUCUUCACUCAACUUAUUGGACUUGCCCCACCCCUCACAGGAGGAUCAGGUUCCCUCUGUUCAUGUAGAAAUACCUCUUCCGAGAGAUCCAUCUGGGGAAGUAGACUUCAAAGCACUGGUAUUACAAUUAAAAGAGAGCUCAAACUUACAGGAGCAAGCUGAUAUUCUCUACAUUCUGUAUAAUAUGAAAGGACCUGACUGGGACCCUGGAAUGUAUUAUGAAGGGAGUGCUACAGUCAGAGAGCUUCUUCAUGAACUAUAUGGAAAAGUUGGUGAAAUUCGACACUGGGGCUUAAUCCGUUAUAUCUCUGGAAUUCUAAGGAAGAAGGUGGAAGCCCUUGAUGAGGCUUGCACAGACCUUCUCUCUCACCAGAAACAUUUGAAAGUGGGACUACCCCCAGAACCUCGAGAAAAGACCAUCUCUGCACCUCUGCCUUAUGAAGCACUCACUCAGCUGAUAGAUGAAGCCAGUGAAGGGAACAUUAGCAUUUCCAUACUUACACAGGAAAUAAUGGUAUAUCUAGCCAUGUAUAUGCGAACUCAACCUGGCCUCUUUGCUGAAAUGUUUCAACUUCGAAUUGGUCUGAUCAUACAAGUUAUGGCAACAGAACUAGCCCACUCACUUCGGUGCUCAGCUGAGGAAGCCACAGAAGGCCUGAUGAAUCUCAGUCCUUCAGCUAUGAAGAGCCUCCUGCAUCAUAUUCUCAGUGGCAAGGAGUUUGAAGUAGAGCGAAGUGUUCGUCCUAAUGACUCAAAUAUCAGCCCUGCUAUUUCUAUCCAUGAAAUUGGUGCUAUUGGAGUGACCAAAACUGAACGAACUGGGAUCAUACAGUUAAAAAGUGAUAUAAAGAAGUCACCUGGAACUUCUAUGACUCCAAGUGGUGUAUCCUUUACUAGCACAUAUGGUCAACAGACUUAUAUAGAUAAUCGGCAAGGUCAGUGGCAACGUCGAAGAAGAUUGGAUGGGGCACUGAACAGGGUGCCUGUUGGAUUUUAUCAGAAAGUAUGGAAAGUUUUACAGAAGUGUCAUGGACUUUCUGUGGAAGGUUUUGUACUCCCUUCUUCUACCACUAAGGAGAUGACUCCAGGAGAGAUUAAGUUUUCUGUUCACGUAGAGUCUGUCCUUAAUCGUGUACCUCAGCCUGAGUAUCGUCAGCUUUUCGUUGAGGCCAUUCUUGUCCUUACUGUGCUGGCAGAUAUUGAAAUUCAUAGCAUUGGAAGCAUCAUUGCAGUGGAAAAAAUAGUACAUAUUGCCAAUGAUUUGUUCCUUCAAGAGCAGAAAACCCUUGGUGCAGAUGAUACCAUGUUGGCAAAGGAUCCUGCAUCCGGCAUCUGUACUCUUCUGUAUGACAGUGCCCCCAGUGGCAGGUUUGGCACCAUGACCUACCUCUCCAAAGCAGCCGCCACCUACAUACAGGAGUUCCUGCCCUGCAGCAUCUGUGCAAUGCAAUGAGAGCCUUGGGUCCUCUGGGAGUCUUUUGGCAUUUGUCCUCUGCCUUAUGCAUGGUACGGAAAUGUUAUUACCUGAUUACUUUCAUCCUAAACCUUCCUAUCCCAUCACUCUCAAUUAAAAAAUAUCUAUUCC